AUGACAAACUUGAUAACAGUUUCCAAUGGUGUAAAAGAGUCCGAAUAUAGCAAAAUAUUGUUCUCCGAUGUGUUAGUUACAAAGAAGAGAAACCUCAUCAUGGGUCGUAAAUGGAGGACUCACGAUAUCAGAAUGGUUCUAUGGUUCUUGUUCAUUCAUUUGCUUGCACUUUUGGCCCCCUUUACGUUUACUUGGGGUGCAUUCUGGGCUGCAACGUUCACUUACACGUUGUUUGGAUCAUGUGGCCUAAGUGUGUCGUAUCAUCGUAACCUAGCACACCGUAGUUUCAAGCUGCCCAAGUGGCUUGAGUACACCUUUGCUUAUAUUGGACUCCUAUCUAUACAGAGGGACCCUAUAUUUUGGGUGAGCAUGCAUAGAUACCACCAUCAAUAUGUUGAUUCAGAGAAAGAUCCACACUCUCCAAUCUUUGGGUUUUGGUUUAGUCAUAUGAGUUGGCUCUUUGACAAUGGUUACAUUUUUGAAAAGUAUCAAGAACGAAAUAAUGUUGAGGAUUUAAAGAACCAAUCAUUCUAUAGAUUCCUUAAAAGAACAUACGCAUUGCAUACAAUUGCAUUUACUGCUCUCCUAUAUGUUGUUGGUGGAUUCUCCUAUAUUGUUUGGGUAUUGGUAAGACUUUAUCUAAAUAUUUGGAGUGGCAGGACUUUAGGAUAUCACGGGACUUUUCUAGUUAACUCGGUUUGUCAUAUAUGGGGAUCCCAUGUUUGGAACACCGGUGAUCUCUCCAAAAAUAAUUGGUGGGUAGCACUUUGGAGAAGAAAAAAAAAGAUAGAAGCUUGA